CGUGCUACCGUGCCUAUCACUCCACCACCUGCAAAAUCUUUCUUUGCUAAUGAACGUACUUUCUUAUCUUGGCUUCGAUUUACGUUAUUAUUAGGUGCUUUAGCUGUUGGCUUAUUAAAUUUUUCAGAUCAUGUAGGAUAUAUAUCUGCUAUUAUCUUUAUGAUCGUGGCUGUUACUAUCAUGAUUUAUGCUCUCUAUAUUUAUCAUAUUCGAGUGGGUCUAAUUGCUCGUAAAGAAAUAGGCGACUUUUCAGAUAAAUAUGGACCUGCUAUGCUUACUUUAAUUAUGAUUAUUGCUGUUUCUAUUAAUUUU